AGAAUGACUGGACGAACGAGUGGCCCCUGAGAUUGCCGGCUUUGUCUUUCUCCGCUCCGGCCGGCCGGAACGUGGCGACAACCCGAGGCAUCUUCACUUCUUCUCCACACGCCAAGAUACCCAUUGGAACUCAAAAACAAAUCCAAAUCGCGAAAAAAGCUUGCCUUUUUAUUUGAAUGAUUCCAGUUCCCAGCACACUGGAGUACAGGAGUAGUUUAUACUACUAUUUAUAUCCGGCUAGCUAGCUUGCCGUCGAUCGAUCCCCCUAGCUGAAGCUGAAGCUCGCGGCCAUGGAUUCCGACACUACCACGACGCUGCUCUACUUGGCUCUUCUAGCAGCAUCCUUCCUCUACCUCUUCUUCCUCCGCCGAACCCGCGGCAACGGCGGCGGGGAAGGCAGCCUGCCGCCGGGUCCACGAGGCCUGCCGAUCCUCGGCAGCCUGCUCUCCCUCAACCCGGAGCUCCACACCUACUUCGCGGGCCUGGCCGCAAAGCACGGGCCCAUCUUCUCCAUCCGGCUCGGCUCCAAGCUCGGCGUCGUCAUCACCUCGCCCGCCCUGGCCCGCGAGGUGCUCAAAGACAACGACGCCGUCUUCUCCGGCCGCGACGUGCCCGACGCGGCCCGCUCCGUCUCCUACGGCGGCGCGCAGAACAUCGUCUGGAACCCGGCCGGGCCCAAGUGGCGCCUCCUCCGCCGCGUCUGCGUCCGCGAGAUGCUCAGCGCCUCCGGCCUCGACGCCGUCCACCUCCUCCGCCGCCGCGAGUUCCGCGCCACGCUCGCGCACCUCCAUGCCGUGGCCGUGGCUGGAGCAGAGGUGGACGUCGGGGCGCAGAUGUUCCUCACCACCAUGAACGUCAUCACGGGCACGCUCUGGGGCGGCAACAUCGGCGGCGAGAGCGAGCGGACGGCCGUCGGGAAGGAGUUCAGGGAGCUCGUGGCGGACAUCACGGCGGUCCUCGGCGCGCCCAAUGUCUCCGACUUCUUCCCCGCGCUCCAGCCGUUUGACCUGCAAGGUAUUCGGAACAAGUCCGACAAGCUCAAGACCCGCUUCGACGACAUCUUCGCCAGGAUCAUACAGCAGCGGGUGAAUAAUGGCGGCGCGGCGACGGCGCCGGACUUCCUCGAGUACAUGCUCAAGCUGGAGAAGGAAGGCGGCGACGGCAAGGCCAGCUUCACCAUGACCAACGUCAAGGCCCUCCUCAUGGACAUGGUGGUGGGGGGAACGGAGACGACAUCGAACACGGUGGAGUGGGCAAUGGCGGAGAUGCUGAAGAACCGCCGGAUCCUCAAAAAGGUCCAAGAAGAGCUCGACGCCAUCGUCGGCACCGACAGCGUAGUCGAAGAAUCGCACCUGCCGCAGCUCCACUACCUGCAAUCCGUGGUAAAGGAAACCCUCCGGCUCCACCCGGCGCUGCCGCUGAUGGUGCCGCACUGCCCGAGCGAGGACACGACCGUCGGCGGCCACCGGGUGCCGGCGGGCAGCCGCGUGUUCGUCAACGCGUGGGCCAUCAUGCGGGACCCGGCGGCAUGGAAGGACCCCGACGAGUUCGUCCCGGAGCGGUUCGAGGUCGGCGGCGGCGGUGGGGGGAGGAAGGUGGACUUCACCGGUGGCGAGCUCGACUACGUGCCGUUCGGGUCCGGGAGGAGGAUCUGCGCCGGGGUCGCCAUGGCGGAGAGGAUGACGGCGUAUUCCGUGGCCUUGCUUGUGCAGGCGUUCGAGUGGGAACUGCCGGAGGGGAAGGAGCUGGACAUGAAGGAGAAGUUCGCCAUUGUUAUGAAGAAGGCCACGCCGCUCGUCGCCGUGCCCACGCCCCGGCUCUCCAGGCCCGAGCUCUACUCCGCCGCAUAGCCUAGUACAGUAUACUCCAUGACUCCAUGGAUGAUGCAUGCUUGAUUCAGUUCCAAAUUUGCAAUCGAUGCCCACAUCUCCUCUACGAGUUGUGGAUACGAAUUUCUUUUUGGCUUUAGUACAGUUGUGUAAUCGUUAUGUUUCUUCUGUAAUAACAAUGUGCCGAUCGACAGUGCAUCUGACUGACGGCCGGCGUAUCAGCCAUACAUGCA